AUGACGAUAAUGUUCCGCACAAUAUACCUGUUCCACAGAAGAUCACCAGAAACCAUCCCACCAGUCACAAUGGCAAAGGCUCUAUUCUUCGUCCUGGCUUGCGCCCUCAUCGUUGCCGUCAUCGCCGACUACGAACUCGACGACGACACUCUUGAGUUCUUUGAGACCGAGAAGAGGGGUAUGGGAAGGAAGCUCAGGAAGUACAAGACCUGCAACUCAUUCGGCAUGGAGUGCUGGUGCAACAGGAGAUCCGGAGACAUUGUCUUCUGCAGCGGUGCCGGGAACGGAGAUAACAUGUAAACUCGCUGCUUUUAUCUCCUGACCAAUUAACAAAUAAGGAUGAAUGACGAAAGGACCGUCCUGACCAAUCACAUGCUCUGUUUUCUCUUUUUACCUCCUGUGUUUAUCUAUAAUUGGUACCAAAUUAGAUGAUAUUGUAAUAAAGAUUAUUUACACA